AUGGAAUUGAACAAAAAUGAUGACAUUGAAAUCUCGGAUGAUUCACCUUCAGAGACAGAAGCAGCAGCAACAGAAACUAUUGAAACACAUUCGUCUUAUUCAAACAAAUUAAUUACUAAUACUAAAAACGAAAAAAGAAAUUCAACGUCAAAAAGACGUUGCACUUUCAACCAAAACUGGUUGAAAGAUUCUAAAUAUGCACCAUUUCUCAAGGAAUGUCGAACUAAUAAACACCUUGCUUAUUGCUCUGUUUGUAAAUCAAAUUUUUCUAUUGCUAAUGGUGGUACCUAUUUGAUUAAUCGUCAUAUGGAACAAGAUAAUCAUAAACGAUUAGCUGAAACUCAAGAAAAAGAAAAUUCACGAUCAAUACGUGAUUUUAUUGUUCCAUCAUCUGCAUUAACUAAAUUAACUGCAGCUGAACUUAGUCUUGUGUACCACGGCGUCCGUCAUGGAUACAGUUACAUUAGUCAAUCAUGUACUUUUGAUCUAUUAAAAAAAAUUUUCGGUGAAUCUUAUAUAGGACAGAAUAUUUGCUGCGGUAAAACAAAAGCUCGUGAAUUAUCUGUAAAUGUUCUUGUUGUAGAACAGCCAUUUGAAUCAGCUGAAGCUAUUGUUAAAACAAUUCAUCAUGUAUUAAAAAAACAUAAUCUUGAUAUUGAAAAAUUAACAUCUAUUGGAGCUGAUAAUAUUAAUACAAAUUAUGGUCGAUAUCAUUCAGUUUUUAGUAUUAUGAAGCUUGAGAUUUUAAAUUUGUUUAAAGGAAAUUGUUUUUGUCAUAUUUUAUCUAAUUCAGUCAAAACGUCUCAUCAUUAUUUACCUGUUGAUGUUGAGUCAUAUUUAUCUCAGUUAUAUAGUCACUUUAGUUCAUCAUCAAAACGUGUGGCUGAAUUAAAAGAAUAUUUUGAGUUUGUCGAAGAAGAUUAUCUACGUUUGCUUCAACACAUAAAAAUUCGGUGGCUUAGUUUGUACAACUCAAUUGAUCGUUUACUAAAAGUCUAUGAUCCUUUAUCAUCAUAUUUUUUUGAAAAUGAUAAAGAAAAUGAAGAUCGAACAACAUAUCCACAGAUUAUCAUCAAUUUUUUUUCAUCAACUGUGUCCAAAUGUACAUUACAUUUUUUACAUCAAGUAUUAUUUGAUAUUCAACUAAAAAAUUUAGAAUUACAACAAUAUUCUACAUCAUUUGCUGAUUUACAUAGAAUUAUUACUAGUUUAUUGAAAAAACUCAACGAUCGUCUUGAACAGAAGUAUUUUGGCCAUCACAUCAGAUCAAUAUUGAAUUCAAUGUCAAAAGACGACCAAGAAAAAACAAUUUCAUCAUUUACACAAUAUUUAUCAAACGUUAUUAAAUACAUAAAUAAAUAUUAUGAAGAACAUUCAUUAUUAGCUGAAACUUUAUCUAUUUUUGGAAUAAUUGAAAUUGAUCAAAUAAAAUUUGAUCAAAUUGAACGUUGUGUGAACAUUCUUAAACUUGAACUUGAUCAUGAUCAGUUGUUUGAAGAAAUGAUCAAUUUACAAACAACGUUCAAAAAGGUUACUUCGUAUCGUGAACCACUCUAUGUUCAAAUACAAAAACAUGUUGGUAAUAACAAUUUUAUUUUUGAUGAUACUGAAGAAACACAUGAAGAAGAAACAUUAAUUCAUAAAACAACAACAUCGAAUGAUGAAUAUAAUCAUCCGAAAAUUCGUCCUGAUCAACUUUGGGCUUACCUUAUUUCAAAAACAACACCAAAUUGUCAAGAAAUAAUAAAAUUACUUUCUUUUGUAUAUUCAAUUCCAUGUUCUAAUGCUUUUACUGAAGGUGUAUUUAAUCAUAUGAAGCUCGCAUGGACACCUAGUCGAAAUUCAAUGAAUGUUGAAACUGUUGCUGCUGAAUUACAGAUAAGAUUAAAUUAUAUUACUGAAAAAAAUUAUCAUAGUUCAAUUACUAAACUUCAACGAAUUACUAAUGUGAUUCAUACAUUUACUCAAUCUGAUCAAUGUAUUCAUUGUCUUACUACCAUUAAUGAGAAUAAUAUUGCUCUUAUUGUUACGGUUACACUCUGUGAACAACUUAUACCACUUGUUAUCGAUAAAUCAAAACUUAAAUCAAUUUAUAUAUUUAAUCAAGAAAAAGAAAAACAAAUAAACUGGACUAAUAAAUGGGAAGGAAAAGUAAAAGGAAUUUUUUAUGACAUCGAACAGAUCUUUCAAGCAAUUAAAGUCAAUAAUAGUCAAACAACUAGUUCGAAUUCAAUCAGUAUUCUACUAAAAAAUAAUACAGAAAUGAAAGAUAAUGAAUCCAAUAAACUAGACCCAUCAUUCAUGUAUGCAUAUUUGCUUACAGAAAUUCUUAUUGAUAUGGAUUAUGAUGAUAAUGCAAAAAAUACAUUCGCUGAAUCCUGUCAUCUUCGAUAUAUAGAUGAUAAAAAAGAAUUAGCCGAUAUCGAAGAAUUUGAUCGAGAUUACGAGAGUCAAAUUGCUAUUCAAUGGUAUACUAAAGAUUGUUUUCUCUAUAAGACGAUGAAUCGUGCUCUAAGAACGCAAGAUAUUAAAACUAUUGUAGAAAUGGGAUUUUUUGUACGUGAUCUUCAUAAACAGAUUACAGAAAUGUAUAAACAACAAAGUAAUCAACAGAAACCAAUGACGAUUUAUCGUGGUCAGGUUGUUUCAUCUGAUGAAUUCGAUAAAUUGAGAAAAAGUAAAGGUGGUCUUAUUUCAUUCAAUUAUUUUUUGUCAACCAGUACUAAUAUUGAUAUUUCAAAACAAUUCGCCAGAAAUUCGCCAGAAAAUAAACUUAAUCCAGUACUCUUUGAAAUAUACAUUGAUCCAAACAUAUCAUCUGUACCAUUCGCUUCUAUCGAUAGUAUUAGUGUUUUCGAAGAUAUUCAGGAUGAAUAUUUACUUGUUAAUCUACAUCUAACAGACGAGAAUGAUCCAGCACUCAUGAAAUUAACUGAUCAUUUCAGAAAAGAAAUUGGAGAUGGCGAUUGUUUGGAACGAUUAGAACAUUUAAUGCUGAAAAUGGGCGAAUUCACUCAAGCUGAAAAUAUUCUAGGUAAACAACUAAAGUCUACACGCAAAGAAACAUGGCAUAAACAAACUCAUCUCAAUCAUCAACUAGGAUAUGUCCAUAGUCUAAAGGGUGACUAUGAAAUUGCAUUAUCAUACUAUGAAAAAGCACUCAAAAUAGAAUUGGUUAAUCUUCCUGAAAAUGAUUCAUUACUAGCUUCUACUUACAAUAAUAUGGCUAGUACAUAUUAUUCAAUAGGAAAUUUUUCAUCUGCAUUGGUUUAUUAUAUAAAAGCGCUUGAAAUUGAACAAAAAUCUCUUCCUUCCGAUCAUCCAAUGUUAGCUACCACCUACAACAAUAUUGGAUCCGUUCAUAAUUCAAAAGGUAAUUACACAGAGGCACUUGAACUCUAUCAAAAGACACUUAAUAUUCGACAAAAAACUCUUCCUGAAAAUCAUCCAGAUAUGGCUAUUAUCUAUAAUAAUAUUGGAUCGGUUUAUAAUUCAUUGGGUGACGAUCAAACUGCACUUUCAUCGUAUGAACAAACUCUUGAAAUUCAAAAGAAAGCUCUUCAUCCUAAACAUAUCGAUCUAGCUAUUAGCUACGGCAAUAUUGGUACAAUAUAUAAUUCAAUGGGUGAUCACGAAAAAGCACUGGAAUAUCAUACAAAAUCAUUUGAAAUUCGAGACAAAUCUCUUCCACCGAAUCAUCCUGACAUAGCUUUGAGUUACAACAACAUUGGUUCAGUUUAUAAUUCACAAGGAGAUUAUAUGAAUGCAUUAUCAUAUUUUCAAAAAGCACUCGAAAUUUGUGAUACAUCUCAUGCACGCAAUCAUAUCGGUUUUGCUACUACUUAUGACAAUAUUGGUUCAGUCUAUAAGUCAAUCGGUAAUAAAUCGGCUGCACAAUCGAAUUAUCAGAAAGCAUUUGAUAUUCGUCUACAUUCUCUUGGUGAAAAUCAUUCUGAUAUGGCUAUUAGCUAUAAUAAUCUUGGUACAAUUUAUAGUUCAAUGGGAGACAAAUUGAAAGCGUUUGAUUGUUAUCAAAAAGCACUUGAAAUUCAACAAAAAUCUCUCUCAGAAAAUCAUCCAAACAUAGCACAAACUUACAACAAUAUUGGUUUACUUUAUAAUUCGAUGGAAGAAUAUUCAAAAGCAUUAUCAUCAUAUGAAAAAGCACUAUCAAUUCAACAAAAUUCAAAAUCUAUUAAAGAGCAAUCCAUAGCAAUAACAUAUUAUAAUGUAGGAUCUACAUAUUAUUGUAUGAAAAAUUAUCCAAUAGCUAUUUCAUUUUUUGAAAAAGCAUUAACAAUACAACAAAAAAUACCGUCAAUGAAUUAUCAAGAUUUGGCAAACACUUAUAAUAACAUAGGUUUAACAUAUUACGAAAUGAAUGAUUAUGAAAAGGCUAUUUCAUUUUAUGCAGAAGCAUGUACAAUUUGUGAAAAACAUCUUGCUAAUGAAGAAUCUUUAUUGAUAACUACGUACAAUAACAUAGCUGUCGCAUACAAUACUAUGAAUGAUAAAUCGAAGGCUCUGUUAUUUUAUGUAAAGACCCUUAAACUUCGUGAAAAAAAUUCUACUACAAAUGAUUUAUCAUUGACUAAUAUUUAUAGUAAUAUCGGAUCAAUAUAUGAUUUAGUGGGGAAUUAUUUGGACGCUAUUAAUUAUUAUCAGAAAGCAAUGGCAAUUGAAGAAAAUGCAUCACCAAAAAAUGAUCUCUUAUUAUCAAAUACUUAUAGCAAUAUUGCUGUUGCCUAUAAACAGUUGGAAGACAAUGAAAAUGCUCUUAAAUUUUAUCAAAAAGCACUUAGUAUUCGAGAAAAUAUUCAGACUACCGAUAAUUCAGAUUUAGCGAUUAUUUAUAAUAGUAUGGCAUUUAUCUAUCAAAAAAUGAAGAAUUAUUCGGCUGCUGUAACCUUUUAUCAAAAAGCGAUAGCAAUUGACGAGAAAACAUUUUCUUCGGAUGAUGCAAAAUUAGCAACAAUAUACAAUAAUCUUGCUGUCGCUUAUCAUUCUAUGAAAGACGAAAUAAAUGCUUUGUCAUUUUACGAAAAAGUAUUACCUAUUCGAGAAAGAAUACUCUCUGCCAAUGAUCCAUCAUUAGGUUCAACUUACAGUAGUAUUGCCUCGAUUUAUUCAUCAAAAGGUAUGAAAUCAGAUGCUGUUAAAUUUUAUGAAAAAUCACUCAAAAUUCAUGAAACAUUACCAUCUCCUAAUCACUCAUUGAUACAUACGAUGCAUCUUAAUACAGCAGUAAUGUAUGAAGAUCUUAACAAUCAUGAUGCAGCUGUUACACAUGCCGAGCGUUCUCUCAAUAAUGCUCGCUUGGCUUUUAAUCCUGAUGAUAUAAAAAUAAAACAUAUUCAAGAUUAUGUUGAUAUGCUUCAUAAGACUUCAUGA